GUUGAAGCUUUUUUUUCUUUUCUAUUUAUUGUAGCCCUAACUUGUGAAUUUUCAUUCUCAGUUCACUUCCUCUUCGUCGGCGGCGAGGGCUUCGUCUUCAUCCACCGCCCGCCACCACAUCAGCACUCACCUACGUCCAAUUCCCACGCUCCGCCGCGAUUCUUCCUGCUGCUAAAUUCAAUCCAUUAAAAUACGGGCAAAAGGGGCAUCAACAAGCACAAGAAAGAGGAAAAUGUUCUUCCAUAUAGUUUUGGAGCGGAACAUGCAGCUGCAUCCCCGUUACUUUGGUCGUAACCUCCGCGACAAUCUUGUUUCCAAGCUCAUGAAAGAUGUUGAAGGCACUUGCAGUGGUCGGCAUGGCUUUGUGGUGGCUGUUACUGGGAUUGAAAACAUAGGCAAGGGUUUGAUUCGGGAUGGUACAGGAUUUGUCACAUUCCCUGUUAAGUACCAAUGUGUUGUUUUUAGGCCAUUUAAAGGGGAGAUCUUAGAAGCAGUUGUUACCAUGGUCAACAAGAUGGGAUUCUUUGCCGAAGCUGGACCCGUGCAAAUUUUUGUUUCAAAUCAUUUGAUUCCUGAUGAUAUGGAGUUCCAGUCUGGGGAUAUGCCAAAUUAUACUACUUCAGAUGGUUCUGUAAAAAUUCAAAAAGAUAGUGAAGUGAGAUUGAAGAUUAUGGGAACUCGGGUGGAUGCUACCGAAAUUUUCUGCAUUGGUACCAUAAAAGAUGAUUUCUUGGGUGUGAUCAAUGAUCCUGCGACAGCUUAAAUGCACCCUUCUGUACCCUUAAUCGUAUAUAGUUUGCAUGGCAAGGAUGAUGCACAUGGAAUCUUUCAAUUAUCUUGGUGUAGCAUUUGCUGAACGCACUAGUUCUCAAUGAAUUACUCGACUACUGUAUCGAAUUUCCUGCUAA